CUCCUAUCUCCAAACCAAACCAAAGAUUUCAAUAAAAUGGCCACUAUUCCUAGCACCAUAGUUAACACUUGUUUCUUGCCAAGAAAACCUGUUGUUACUAGCCUUAAAGCCAUACCAAAUGUUGGUGAAGCUCUCUUCGGUGUUAAAAGUGGUAGAAGUGGAAGGAUUACUUGCAUGGCUACAUACAAAGUGAAGCUUGUUACACCAGAUGGACCUUUUGAAUUUGAUUGUCCUGAUGAUGUCUACAUUCUUGACCGGGCUGAGGAAACGGGGAUAGAUCUUCCUUACUCAUGUAGGGCUGGUGCUUGCUCAUCUUGUGCUGGAAAGGUUACUACUGGAAGUGUUGAUCAGUCUGAUAGCAGUUAUCUUGAUGAUGGACAAAUGGAUGAAGGAUUUGUGCUCACUUGUGUUGCUUACCCAAAGUCUAAUGUUACCAUUGAGACUCACAAGGAGGAGGACCUUGUUGGCUAAGUUCAAUGUUAAACUUCUUUUGUUAUCACUAACAAAAGUUGCUAUGUACCUCUUUCAAGUCAAUGAUGACUUGUACGAUAAUGAUACAUGGAAGAGUUAAUUUUCAUCUUU